AUGAUAAGCAUCUCUAUUAAAUCAUGUAGAUUUCCAGGUGCACAACCUGUUAGUUUUGGAUCAAAUCAGUUGCAAGAGAUACAAGAAGAAGAUUUCUUUGUUGCAGAGAAAUCAGACGGUGUACGUUGUCUUGCAUUAUUGACUGUCAAUGAUAGAAAAAUGCCUGAAAUAUACCUUUUUGAUAGAAAAAACAACUUUUAUGUUGUGCGUAACUUUCGCUUUCCUAUUCCUAAUGAUCCUAGUUUUCAAAAAUGUCUAAAGAACACCAUUAUUGAUGGUGAAUUUGUUUUGGAUAAAGAACCAGAUGGAUCUACUCAAUUACGGUUUUUGUUGUUUGAUUGUCUAUGCAUUGAAGAGAUAGUACUUGUUUCUCGAGGUUUGAUGAGUCGACUUGGGUAUCUAAAGAAAGAUAUCAUUCGCCCUCAUCAAGAGAUGGUCCGUAAGAACCCUCAUAUGCGUAAACAACUGCCCUUCUUAGUUGAAUUCAAAGAACAACAAUUUACACACCAUUUGGAUGUUGUGUUUGAUGAGAUUAUUCCUAAGCUAAAGCAUGGCAACGAUGGUCUUAUCUUUACUUCUGUAGACGCACCUUAUGUGAUGGGUACAUGCGACAAGAUGCUAAAAUGGAAACCACUGAAUGAGAAUUCGAUUGAUUUCAAAGUAGCAUUACAUUUUCCCGGUGGUAGUUUACCAGGUGUCAAAGAUUUUCUAGCUAAACCACGUAUUGAAUUACUUGUAUGGCAAGGUGGUAAAGAAUAUCGAUCCUUUGGCGAAUUAGGCAUUACAGAUGAAGAAUGGCAUUCACAAUUUAGAGAUAGACCAAAUUACAUGGAUGGCAAAAUCAUUGAAUGUAAUUAUGAUCCAGAAUUACAACAAGAAUUGAAUCUCAAAUCACCAUGGAGAUUUAUGCGCUACAGAGAUGAUAAAUUAGAUGGAAAUCAUGAGUCUACUGUAUUGAAUGUAUUAAAGAGUAUCAAUGAUGCUGUAUCUAAAGAACAGGUAUUCUAUAUCCACAAAAAUGAUAGGCUUAUCAUAUCUCUAGUUGAUUGAAUGUAUACCUCGUAUUAAAGAAGCGUCUGAAAGGAGAAAAAGAAGACAAGCAGAACAACAC